CGAACAUCGGUAGAUUAGGGUUUCCUCACAUCAGUCACCCCACCUUAGUUUCGUCGGAAACUGCCGCAUUGCAAUUGCUCCGGCGAAUGCUCCUUUGAGCUAAAAACUCCAAGAUGUGAAUUACAGGCUAGAGGGUUGAAGAAACACUUGAAGAGGCUCAAUGCUCCAAAACAUUGAAUGCUUGACAAGCUUGGUGGUGCAUUUGCAUCGAAGCCAUCUUCUGGACCCCAUAAAUCUAGGGAAUGCUUGCCAUUAAUUCUCAUUUUACGGAACUGGCUUAAGUAUGCCCUUACAUACCGUGAAGUUAUUGCAAUAUUGAUGCAGAGACAUGUACUUGUAGAUGGAAAAGUUAGGACCGAUAAGACAUACCCUGCUGGUUUCAUGGACCCACUCAUCAAAGCCAAUGACACAAUCAAGCUGGACCUAGAGAGCAACAAAAUUGUCGACUUCAUCAAGUUUGAUGUUGGCAAUGUAGUUAUGGCUGCAAAGUUCGAACUGUCCAGUUUGGCCAGAAAGGGAUCCCAUACCUUGACAGCUAUGAUGGUCGUACCAUCUGCUAUCCAGACCCACUCAUCAAAGCCAAUGACACAAUCAAGCUGGACCUAGAGAGCAACAAAAUUGUCGACUUCAUCAAGUUUGAUGUUGGCAAUGUAGUUAUGGUGACAGGAGGAAGGAACAGAGGGCGUGUUGGGGUCAUGAAGAACAGAGAGAAGCACAAGGUUAGCUUUGAGACAAUCCACAUUCAAGAUGCCACAGGUCACGAGCUUGCAACUCGGCUAAGCAACGUGUUCACCAUUGCCAAAGGGACAAAGCCGUGGGUGCAACUUCCAAAGGGCAAGGGUAUCAAGUUGUCCAUCAUUGAGGAAGCCAGGAAGAGGCUUGCAGUUGCAGCCCAAGCUGCUGCAUGAGUCUUCUGAUAGGAUGUCUUUUUCCAAUGCUUAACUUAUUUGAUGCCCUGACGUUCUUAGUUGUCGUAGGCCUAUGCUGAAGAUUAUUUUUGCCUCUCAUCGUAUUUUUAUUUUAUUUCAUUUUUUGGCCAACGCCUGUUUAAUUUCUUUCUAAAGCCACUUGGUUCUAUAAAAAAGGGAAAUGAUC